AUGAUAUCGCGUGAGAUAGAGUUGGCUUGCAAUUAUCGAAAGUGCAGGCAACCACUAGUCGAAACAGCUAUCGUUACGAUUUGUCAACAUAUAUUUUGCCUUUCCCAUGGACCUGGCUUAGAAACUGGCCAACAUCGGACUAACUGCCCUGCGUGUAAUUCUCCUCUUGACAGGAAUGCAAAUGAUUUUAUUGAGGUUGAUUUACAACCCUCUGAUCGUUUUAAGUCACUCAUUCUUGCUGGACAAUCUCCAGAAAUCAUAUUGGAUAUUACAAGAAGGGCGAUCACCUUUUACGAGUUACAGCAAUCGCUCAGAUCCCAAUUCUUAGAAUACGUUGCGGCAAAGUCUAUAGAAAAAACAAGGUCGAUUGAAAAAGAGCUUAAAUCUCUUAUGCUGAAAAUGAAGGAGGAAAACUCAGUGUAUGAACACAUGAAAAAGGCCUUGACACAAGAAUGUGAGGAACUCCGGUCCAAGCUCAUUGCCUCCGACCAAAAAUUGUCUCAUCUGGAGCGCGAGUGUCAAAAAUUAAGAAUAUCAGCUCGGAAUAUUAAUAAUUCCAGCUCAAGCGAGGCUCAACCUUUGAACAGAUCUUUCGCUAAUCCAAAUAACGUAGUCAAAAACUCUUGGAAGCCAGACUUAAAGAGAACCCACCGAGAAAUUCGUGCAUCUCCAGAUUCGCUCUCUGACUACAGUCCACUGAGAAGUGCCAUGCGGUUGCAUCAAGAUGGACAAUUAUUCGAUCAAUCAUUCAUACCGGACCGUGGCUCCCCAUUUCGUUUUGUACCUGUCAACUCAAUAAACCCAGACGCUGAAAAGGGUAACCCAUCCAAAGCCUUUCAAUUCCCUUUCGGUAAUUGA